AUGCGGCUGGCUGACGUGCUUCGAGGGUCAUUCUGGCAGGCGUGGGGCAUCCCGGAGGCUGGGCCCUGUGGCCUCCUAGGCCCUUUGGCCUCCUGGGCCCUGUGGCCUCCUGGACCCUGUGGCCUCCUGGGCCCUGUGGCCUGUCUGGCCCACACAGAAGGGAGCGCAGCACUCUUAAAGAAAUUCGGCUUCUGCUUUUUCCUCCUGAGAAGGCAGGCCCAAGUGUCCCAGCUCAAGCUUCCGAGGCUUCUGCCGUCCAUGGGACAACUAGAGGAAGUCCCGCUGGAAGUGCUGAGGCAGAGGGAGUCCAAGUGGCUGGAUAUGCUCAACAGCUGGGACAAAUGGAUGGCCAAGAAGCAUAAGAAGAUCCGUCUGCGGUGCCAGAAGGGGAUCCCACCAUCUUUGCGGGGCCGGGCCUGGCAGUACCUGUCAGGAGGGAAGGUGAAGCUCCAGCAGAAUCCUGGGAAGUUUGAUGAGCUGGACCUCUCCCCAGGAGACCCCAAAUGGCUGGAUGUGAUCGAGAGAGACCUGCACCGACAAUUCCCCUUCCAUGAGAUGUUUGUGUCCCGUGGGGGCCACGGCCAACAGGACCUGUUCCGUGUGCUGAAGGCCUACACCCUGUACAGGCCGGAGGAGGGCUACUGCCAGGCUCAGGCCCCCGUGGCGGCCGUCCUGCUCAUGCACAUGCCUGCCGAGCAAGCGUUCUGGUGCCUCGUGCAGAUCUGUGAGAAGUACCUGCCCGGCUACUACAGCGAGAAGCUGGAGGCCAUCCAGCUGGACGGGGAGAUCCUGUUCUCGCUGCUGCACAAGGUGUCUCCGGUGGCCUACAAACACCUGAGCAAGCAGAAGAUCGACCCCAUCCUGUACAUGACCGAGUGGUUCAUGUGCGCCUUCUCCCGCACCCUGCCCUGGAGCUCCGUGCUGCGCAUCUGGGACAUGUUCUUCUGUGAAGGUGUCAAGAUACUCUUCCGGGUGGGCCUGGUGCUACUGAAGCACAGCCUGGGCUCCUCCGACAAGCUCAAGGCCUGCCAGGGCCAGUACGAGACCAUGGAGCGGCUGCGCAGCCUGAACCCCAAGAUCAUGCAGGAGGCCUUCCUGGUGCAGGAGGUCAUCGAGUUGCCGGUGACUGAGAGGCAGAUCGAGCGCGAGCACCUGAUCCAGCUCCGCAAGUGGAAGGACACCCGGGGCGAGCUGCAGUGCCAGUCGCAGCCCAGGCUCCACGGGGCCAAGGCCAUCAGCGAGGCAGAGCCGGCACCCCGCAAGGCGCUAGAGCCCUCACCCUCCAUCCGCCUGCCCCCGGGCACCCAGAUGCCAGCCCCGGGCACCAAGAGCAAGCAGCAGAAGCAGGCAGAGAAGGAGCACCACAAGGCCAUGAAGGAGAAGGCCAGACGGCAGAAGGGUCAGCAGCCCGCCCCGGCCCUGGCCCCAGAGCCGCCCACUGAGGGUGGCAGCCCUGGCCCAGAGGCCCCUGACCAGGGCCCGGGCCCUAGCACUGCCCCUCAGCCCAGGGACGCAGACACCAAGGACUCGCCCCGUCAUUCCAAGGAGAGCCUGACCUCCCAGGAGAGCGAAGACACUUACUUGUAAUAGGGCCGGGGUCCCCGCUUCCUCAGUUUCUCUUUUCCUUAGGGCUGGGAGGGGACAUUCCAGGAGGCCCUUCCCCCUCAGGGGUGGCCAGGAGCACGGUCUGGUGGUGUGGCCGAGAGGCCUCUGAGACAGGAGGGAGGCCCUGGUGCUCGAUGGCCCUGGGGAUCUCGGCCCCUCUCCCUUCUGGGCUGCAGUGGGGCUCUUCGGGCCUGGGCCGUCCUCCCCUUCUCCCUCAUGGCCAGAGGGGAGUAAACCAGGCACUUUGGGUGAGACUUUCCCCUCAUCUGCCCCCUCCACCCCCUCGAUCUCGGCUCAGAGGCUAGGGCAGACUGCCAUCCUGCUUGGGGGACGGGAAGGGGGCAUGCUGGCCCUCAGCGGGCUGGGAGCCUCCAUCUUCCCAGCACUCCGUGUGUCCAUGGCGAGCUCCUCAGCCCAGGGACUAUUUAUUCUCUCUAGUGCUGGGCCCAGGACCAGACUGGCCACUCUGCCCAGAAGAUGGCCAAGCAUCUCUCCUCUAGGCCAGCACCCUGGGCUCUCAGGCACCUGUUGGCCACAAGGAGAUCAAGUGCUUCCUAUCGCCCCAGUGGGGCUUUCCCAAACUCGCCGUGCCCAGGGUGGGGGGACCAGACCUCCCUCUCCCCCCGAGCCUCCAGCCCUACCAGUCUGCUGCCACUGUCCUGGGCUCCUCUCGCUGGAUGACCCACAGGGCACAAGGGAAGGACCUCCGCUGGGAUGGGGCAUCAGCCUGCCCUGGGUAGGUGGGCACAGGAGGCCCAUUCCUUAGGGGGAAGAGGUAAGGGGAUAGAUUCUCUUUGUGUAAAGUAAUGGUUUUGUACAGAAAUAAACCGGGUUAUCUAGAA